AUGUUCAAAUACUUCGCUUUGUUAGCCAUCGUCUUGGCUAUCGCCAGUGCCGAAUUGGUCCGUGUACCAAUUCACAAGCAUGAGAAUUUUGUCAAGACCGCCAAGGAUAUUCGUGCUGAAAAAUCUGUAUUGGCUACCAAAUAUCAUUUGGGGCAACGCCGUGAUAUCACCGAUGAACCCUUGGAAAACUCCUUGAACAUGGCCUACUAUGGUGACAUCACCAUUGGUACACCACCCCAGAAAUUUGUUGUGUUGUUCGAUACUGGCUCCUCCAAUUUGUGGGUUCCCUCUAGCCGCUGUUGGAUUUGGGAUAUUGCCUGCAAGAAACACAACCAAUACAAUCACGAUGAUUCCAGCACCUAUGUCGCCAAUGGCGAGCAAAUCUCCAUUUCUUAUGGCUCCGGCAGUAUGAGCGGCUUCUUGUCCCAGGAUGAUGUAACCGUUGAAGGUUUGACCAUUAAGAAUCAAGUAUUCGCUGAGGCUAUGAAUGAACCCGGUAGCAGCUUCACCGAUUCCAAUUUCGAUGGUAUUUUCGGCAUGGCCUAUCAAUCGUUGGCUGAAGACAAUGUUGUGCCUCCCUUCUACAAUAUGUAUUCGCAAGGUUUAGUUGAUGCCGAUAUGUUCUCCUUCCUCUUGAACCGUGAUGGUACCUCUACCGAUGGUGGUCAAUUGAUUUUGGGUGGUGUUGAUUCCAGCUUGUACACCGGUGAUAUUACCUAUGUUCCCGUUUCCCAACAAGGCUAUUGGCAAUUCGAAGUUACCUCUGGUGCCAUCAAUGGCCAGAGCAUUUGUGAUAACUGCCAAGCUAUUGCUGAUACCGGCACCAGCUUGAUUGUAUGCCCCUCUGCCGCCUAUGAAACCUUGAACACUGAAAUCGGUGGCACCUACAAUGAAGAUGAAGGCGCCUACUAUGUUGACUGUUCGGCUGUUGAUACCUUACCCGAUGUCACCUUCGUUAUUGGUGGUACCACCUUCACUUUGCCUCCCAGUGCCUACAUUGUUGAGGUCGAUGGCCAGUGUAUGUCUUCGUUCACCGAAAUGGGUACCGAUUUCUGGAUUUUGGGUGAUGUCUUCAUUGGCAAAUAUUACACUGUUUUCGAUUUCGGAAAUAACCGUGUUGGUUUUGCUGAAGCUGUUUAAGGGGGUUGAUGUGAAGAAA